CCUCCCCUAUAUUUCCUCACUCCCUCAUUUUCCUCCUCUUUCUCUCUCUUCACUUUCUCUCUCUAACUUUGUCUUAAUCUCUCUCAUGGCUCUUCAACACUCUUUCCCAGAUUACCCUCAGAUGAUAAUGGGUGCAAUUGAGGAGUUAAAUGAGAAAGAAGGGUCAAGUAAAGAAGCAAUAAUAGAGUUUAUAGAGUCAAACUACUCAGAUCUACCACCAUCACAUGCGACGCACGUGAGUCAUACACUUGAGAAACUGAAACAAACAGGUCAACUACUGAUGUUGAAGGAUGAUACAUACAUCUUGAAACCACAUCAUGAUGAUGAUGUUGAUGUUGAUGAUGAUGGCCAUGAUGGUGAAGAUGAUGAUGAUGAUGUAGAAGUGGGCCCAACAAAUAAUAAUGGGCUUUCAUUACCUAUGAAGAGAGGACGUGGACGUCCACCAAAGCCCAAAGUUGCUUUACCACCUGGAGUGGUCCCACCACCAGCUAGGCCCAGAGGAAGGCCUCCUAAAGCUAGAGAUGAUUCACUUGGGCCUUCGGCCCGGCCCAUUAAGGCAGUUUCUAGUGGGAGGCCACGUGGCAGGCCUAAGAAGAAUCCUGGUGUUGAAGGUGGUGCAAGUGUUGUGGGGCCUACUACUGGUGUUAAGAGAGGAAGAGGUCGUCCUAAGAAGACUUGAGAUUUGUGUAGUUUGUUUUAAUUGGAAGGGUAGGAUUGUAAAUUCAUGUGAUGAGAUGUUAGAAAAAUGAUGAUGUUGUUUAGUUUGUUAACUUUGCCUUUUAAAAAAAAAAGUAAAAGAGAGAGAAAAAAAAAGGCUGAAAAUUAAGUUGUUUAGAGCAACAUUUUAAUAUUUUUUUUUAAAGUUUGCUUUUUUAACUUGUUUUUUUAAUUGAGAUUUUUUAACUUUAGUUUUUCAUUGGUUAGGGAAUUUCAAAAAAUAGGAUAAAAAGGAGAAAAAGGAAAAAAAAAAGAUGGGAAUUUUAAGGCAUGCUUAUAGAAGCUUUAAGUAGAGUAGAGAGUAGGUGGGUCCUUUUGUUUUUAGGUUUUUUUUUAAAUUGUAGAGUAAUAUUAUUGUUAUGCAUUGAUGUGAUAUAUAAAAAAGGACAUUGGAUUGCA